UGUCCAUUGGUUCCGAUGGUGUAAAUCGAAUGGUUCGUUAUUGCUCGGGAUGCCCACAUCUUAAUCCUCUCUAUCGAAUUCCUCUCUUUAUUUGUCGCCGAGUACUUAGUCUGCAGCCUGUGGACGAAAUGCAACGUCGUCAAUACAAGACAGGCGCGCCUUGAGCCAGGUUCAUUCUCCUCCUUUUGACCGCAGUGAAUGUCACAAGAGAAUAACAGGAACCUUCUCGGACUGCUGAUUGUGAGGCAUAUAUACCCUGCCACUCUGCCUCUUCACCAUACCAGUCACGCUGCGUGGUAACGAACUCCAACACCAUAGCGGAUCAUGCUCUCAGCAGCCCAGGAUCAGCAGCCCCCAGAAAGCCAUCUGCCCACUGCCUUGAGCAUCGAAGCAACCAGCAAGACGAUCCCAGCCAAGCGAUCACUGCCGGAUGACGAGGUCCAGUUCAUCUCUUCGAACCCAGUCAAGAGAAGGCGAAAUUCGGAACAGGGCCCUGCUCAGGCGAUGCCACAGACCCCUUCGGCCAGCCAGCCCUUUGCCAGUCCAUCAGGUUCAGAGAAUCGAGUAACAUCAUUACCGGCUCUGGAGAGCUUUCUAUUUUCGAAUCCAUUCCAGAACUUUCCAACCCGACCUCGCCGUAUCUCCGAGACCAUCUCCCCCAAACAGCAGCCUCAGUCACUCCCAUCGGCCCCUACGCUCGAUGCGGAAGUCGGGCAGGGCGUCCCGCCAAGUGCCGGCGUAGCGCCUGAUUCUGUCGACAUCAGCCAAAUAGCGUGCCUUGACUUCAACGGCACCCCAACCAGGCCACCCGGGUUCGAUGCGAGCCGUAUCUUCUCUCCUGAUGGAGGUAUCAUGUCUAAUCUGGGCACCUCGGCCCUGAUGCCGCCUCCUCUACCGCCCUUGAACAGCCACCCUGCCAUACCGCUUGCCAUGCACUCAAUGGGCAUCAUGGUGCCACUGCCGCAACAGAACUGGGGCCGGCCUAAAGCGCCUUUCACCAGCACCCCCAUGCGAGCUCAGUUCAGCCCAAACAGUAGCACGCCUCGUCCGAGUCUCUCGAGGCAACUUUCAAUGAAACAAGCCCAGCUGCGGGAGCCUAGUCCCCACGCCUUCCGGCAGUACCAAGUCCGAGGGCGUUCGGAGUUGCAUGGCACGCACAUGCUCGCUUGCUUGCCCUCACCAGCAGCGGCCGGAGCCGGGGUAGUGCCGUGCCUCCAAUGCACAAAACUCCUCCGCCAGACACAACGGAGCUCCCAGCCAUCCCAGACUCAGAGAGUUCCGACUCCUCAUGCGCCCGCUGAGCAAGAUUCAUGCAACCAACAAUCCCACCUAGCUCCGCGCCUAAUCCCUGUCUCAAUGCCUCCCUACGGAAACCAAGCGGCAGCGCUCCAAGAACCGCGACCGGCACCGGCGCCAGGACAAGGCCAACGGGGGCAGCAUCUUGAACUGCUGGCGGACAUAUCCAAAACCAUCCAGGCAACGUUUCCGUACCAACUGGUCGCAGCCCGCCACGGCCUCGCCCCGUCCAGGGUGGCCGACCUCGUUGCGGGCAUGCUUGAGAGAAGUCGCGGCUGGCCUCGGGCAACUGCUACCAGCACGGAUUUCGCGUUGGACCGGGAAGCAUAGUGAUGGGCUGCUAUCAUUUCCAGCAGGGGCAGUUGGAUUUUUUGGCUCGUCUUUCGAUUUUACUUAUCUGUGACGGCUUGGGCGAUGCUACUCACUGAACACCAUGCGCGGCUCCUCUUGGUCUCGACGAAGUGAGGAGAUGGCGGCCA